CGCGCUGGUGACUUGACGCUGCCGUGAGACGCCGCUGAUCGCAGCUCAGACAUGCAUCUCUUUUACAGUUCUUUAAUCACAAGCUGACCAGCUGGAGGAGACAUGUCGGCUCAGGGCUUGUUAAGCAGUGUGUUCUCAUGCUCGCUGAGCCCCAAAACUCUGUCCAAACGGAGACUAAGACAGACACGGAGUUUGGACCCGGCGUCGAUGAGCCAUGACGGUACCGACGGCGAGGAGACGUCGGUUCAGGGUGACUUUACCUGGAACAGCGUGUCAGGACGUAACGUUGGCCUGAAGCCCGUCCCUUUGCAAAGCCUCUCAGAGUUGGAGAGGGUUCGUCUCCAAGACGUGGCCUUCAGACGAUUGCUUCGGAAUCGCGACCCGGGCUGCCACAUCACCAUCCCUAAAUAUGGCCACAAGCACAAGAAGUUACUCAGGCGGAAGUUGGAUUCAUUAUCUAAAGAGAAGAGUAAAGACAAAGAGACGAUGCCCCAGGCGUUUGGCAUACCACUGUCGCAGGUCAUAUCCAACGACCGCACACACAAGCAGCGGCACGAUCCCCCGCGGGAGGAGCACAGUGAAUUUAUGCUGUCCUUCCUUCACUUCAACUCCAGCUUCAAAAGGGGCAACAAGGAGCUCUCCAGCAGCAACUCGUCCCUUAGCUCCACUUCGGAGACCCCGAAUGAAUCACCUGUGCUCAGCGCACCAGACGCGGCCCCGCGGACACGCAGGAGGGGUGGAGUAUCGGUGGAUUGUAUCACCGAUCUUGACGAUAACCAGUCUCGGCUCUUGGAGGCCCUUCAGCUCUCUCUGCCAGCGGAGCCAGCUGGCAACAGGAAGACGCGCCAUGACAAGAAACUCAGCCUUAACCCUAUUUACAGGCAGGUGCCCAGAGUCGUGGACCUCUGCUGCCAGCACCUGGAAAAAUACGGCCUGACGACGGUUGGAAUUUUCCGUGUUGGAAGUUCCAAGAAGAGAGUACGACAGCUUCGCAAGGACUUUGACCACGGAUGGGAGGUGCAUUUGGACGAGGCGCACAAUGUCCAUGAUGUUGCUGCAUUGCUGAAAGAGUUCCUCCGAGACAUGCCGGACCCACUGCUAACAAGAGAACUCUACACAGCCUUCAUAAACACAAUGUUGCUGGAUAAUUCAGACCAAGAGAGCGCCAUCCAGCUCCUGAUAUUUCUGCUUCCUCCCUGUAACAGCGACACGCUGCAGCGCCUCCUCUGCUUGUUGUCCACAGUGGCUGCACAUGCUGAAGACCGCUUGGACAGUGACGGACAAGAGAUCACAGGAAACAAGAUGACAUCACUCAACCUAGCGACCAUCUUUGGACCCAACCUCUUGCACAAGCAAAAAAACUCAGACAAAGAGUUUGCUGUCCAGAGUUUUGCCCGUGCAGAGGAGAGCACAGCCAUCAUCAGCGUGGUCCAAAAGAUGAUCAAUACAUAUGAUACGCUUUUCAUGGUUCCUGCUGACCUUCAGAAUGAGGUGCUGAUGAGUGUCCAAGAAACUGAUCCUGAUGUUGUGGAUUACUUACUCCGGAAAAAAGUCUCUCAGUACUCUGAGCCAGCUCUUCUUAGAGGAGGGGAUUCCUUCUCUCUGACUGAGAGAUACAUAUCCAAUGAGUCCAUCAAAGCCUCUAGUGGAGAGGUGUCUCCCUAUGAUAACAACUCUCCUGUCCUGUCAGAUCGACUGCUGUGUAAAUACCCAGAGGAUAGCGGUCCCCUCUCAGACGGGAGCCCCAGACUUUCUGGGCAGUACCAAAUCAGCGGCCUUUCUAAAGAUGGAUCUGGCUGCACCUCUCCUACACUUUCUACGGAUAAAGAUGGCUCAACUGAUCAUUUCUGGGACACCUGGCAUGGACCAUUCAGCAAGGAGUUUACUGGCCAUCAUAUUAAUGACUCCCUCGGAGACAUGUCGGAAUGUGAGUCGUAUGGAUCUUCAGAAGGGCUGAGCGGUCACCAAGGUAACAACAAGCUGCCCGUCAGACAGUCACAAACCUCAUUGGGCGUGCUGGAAAUCAGGCCACACCCCCCGGUGACUCGCAGCUGCAGUGGUCCUCAUGACCAGAGAGGACAAGGAAAACCUCAACCAUCAUUACAUCAGGGAUUGAGCAGCCAAUCAGCAGCCCUCAGCUCUGACACCUUAGCAGAAAGGACAGGACAGCCAGCGUGUCGAUCACUUAAGGUCAGGACGGACUACACCGGACAGCUGAGGGAGACCCAUAUGUCUUACUCCACGCCCUCCCUCUUUACGUAUCAGCCUGACACCCAAACCCCACAGCAGUGCCAGCAAAGCCCCGCCCCCCAGACUGCAGUUGCCUCUGGGCCCGGACCAGAAAAGGGUCCUGCUACACCAAUCUGGCAGAAGCAGAGGUGGCACAUAUGGCAUAUACUGUCAAAAGAAAAUGCAGACGCCCUGCCGGAGACAUUGGUGUGAUGCAAACUGUGACUAUGUUAUACGGAAGAUAACUUCAAAUAUAAGGGGCCGUUCUCCUCUCACAUCAUCAGUCGUUGCAAUGCUCCUGUGUGUCCGUAUAUGCAGUAUUAGUCAAUGUUGCUUAUUGAUAUAUCAACCACCAUUUAACAUGGUGAUGAUAGUGCUGUUAUUUUGCAGAGGCGUUUAACUGUUUAUAUAUUCAUAUUGUUGUGUGUGAUAACAUGAUGUAAAUUAUAUUUUUUGUGAAUAUGUUAAUGAGCUGUUGUCACUAACAGAGAUUAUUUGAAAUACAACCAUCAAAAACUUGUAUUUAUCUGAAUGUCAUAAAUAGACUUGAAUGGUAUUAAUUUGAAUUUGACACAAUGAAUGUUUUUAAGCUGAAUGUAACGAUAUAAAUUCUGUUUAUGUUGCCAAAUUCAGAUGUUUAUUAUUAUGUACUUUAGCUACUUUAACAUUUUACCAUUUACCAGCUACAAUUAUAAACUACUUGUGGAAACACUGCAGAAUGAGAAUUUAAGAAUUUGUAUAUAAAUGAAGGAAAAUGGCUGCAUGAAAUGAAUUUGAAUAAUUUCUGUGGUAUGGUAUGAGACAAUCUAAAUGUAACAUGAAUGGAAUAAGUGAUUGUAAAGUGGUGUGGGUGAGCACAUACAUUCAUGUUUAAGUUAUACUUUGUUUAAUAUACUUUGGAAUACAGUAAGACCCUCUCUUCCUUCAUGGUUAGUUGCCAGCACUUGUCAUUGUUUCCCAAUGUAAUUAAUUACCUAUAUCAAACGCUGUUAGAUUAAUUUAAUCAGAUUUGUCUUGUGUCCAUGUUGUCUUGUGAUUUCCUGUUUUAUUUUGAAAGUUAACUUUCCUCUUGUUACAGGCAACUUGCUCCUCCCCCUGUGUGUUUCCCCACUGGUCUGAUUGCUGCCUCACCCCUGAUUGUUUCCACCUGUGCCCUCACCCUGUGUAUAUAUUGUGUCUCCCUUUGUCCGGGGCCAGUUCGUCUUGUCCUUUGUGCCAGAGAACUAGUGUAACCCAUGCCUUUUGCCAUUUUGUCAGGUUUUGUUAUUUUGCUACUUUGUUCAUAUUAGUUUUCUGUUAUUUUGCAAAGUUUUGUUUGUUUUUUCCAGUUUAAUAAACUGUGAUUUGUUGUUGGAACUUUGCCUCGAACUUUGGGUUCAGGUCCCUAGUUCAGUCGUGACAAUAGAUUUAUUGAAAAGUGU